GCCCAGGGGGACGAGCAUGAUAAUCCACCGCCGAGAGAAGCGAAGCCGAGGUGCGAGCAGAGCGAGAGGAAAACCUCCGAUUAUUGAUAUUUGUAAAAGUUUGGACGCGUCAUUGAUCAGGCGGAGGUUGAGGAGACGGACGGGCGCGCGGUGGGCUCUUCGCCCCACUUCUGGCUUCAGACAUGGACGCUUUGAAAUCCGCUGGAAGGGCGAUCAUCCGGAGCCCGAGCAUUGCUAAACAGUCGUGGGGAGCAGGCAGACAUAAAAAGCUUUCAGAGAACUGGACGGACACGAGGGAGACCCUGGUGGAGGGCAUGGUGUUUCACCUCAAAUACCUGGGGGUGACGAUGGUGGAGCAGCCCAAAGGGGAGGAGCUUUCCGCUGCCGCCGUCAAGAGGAUAGUUGCCACGGCCAAAGCCAGUGGGAAGAAGCUCCAGAAAGUCACGCUAACGGUCUCGCCGCGUGGAAUCAUCCUUUACGACAGUGCCUCAAACCAGCUGAUAGAAAAUGUCUCCAUAUACAGAAUAUCGUAUUGCACUGCCGACAAGAUGCACGACAAAGUGUUUGCCUACAUCGUCCAGAACCAGCACAACGAGACCCUCGAGUGCCACGCCUACCUCUGCUCAAAGAGAAAAAUGGCGCAGGCCGUCACUCUGACAGUGGCUCAGGCUUUCAGAGUGGCGUUUGAGUUCUGGCAAGCCACCAAGGAAGAGAAAGAGAAGCGAGUAAAACCCAACUCGGACGUGGAAGGAGCCAGCAGCUCUCAGUCGGACAGCUCCACCAGCCUGGGCAGCUCGAAGGGAGGAGAUGUAGCCACUGGGACUCUCCUGGAGUUGGCAGAGGGAGCCAAAGCAGCACAGACCCACUCAGGAACAAAGCAGACAGAAUCGGAUCCCUUUGCGGUGCAUAAUCACGCGGCAGAGAACAACAAUACCGUUUGGGAACUGGAGGACGGUUUGGACGAAGCGUUUUCAAGACUCGCUGAGUCUCGCACUAACCCCCAGGUCCUGGACAUUGGGGUAAAUCCUCAGGACUUGAACAACGAAGAGUGCCUCUCCCCGGGCAAAUGGGACCAAGACGCAGACUCAGCUGCACAAAAAGACACAUUUGAGUUCUAACCUGAAGCCUCUGCCAAGAAGAAGAAGGGAAAACCAGGAAAAAACAAACAAACAAACCACCUUCUCCCUGCUGCCUGGUUCACUAACCGUCAGUCCUGUGGAACUCUGAUGCUUCUAAAUCCACGCAAGAAGAGAUCAACACAAGCCGACGGCUGCCACAACAGGCCAAAGCAAUAAAACCCUCUUCACCCCUUUUUAGUUUUUUAUAAAAAAACAAAACAAAACAUGCAGCCCACCCCAUGUUUUCUUCCAGCCUGAUCUUAUGUUCUGUGUUUACCCGUUCACGCUCACUCAUAUGUAUUUUUACACUGUGAUACAGAAAGUGUGCAAGAGCUAUUGGUGAGGUCAACAAGUGCUUCUAAUCAGCUGGGAUGCUAACACACCAGUUCCCCUCUGGGUUUAGCAGUGAAGUAACUACCUAUGUGUGUCACAGCUCCAGCUUUUAUGUUGGGCCUAAAGCUUUAAAAAAGAAAGUGUUUGUGUCUGAGCAAAGUUGACAAUCCUACUUUUUUCUAUUGCAAAACCUAUUUUUGCACUCAGCGUUCAUUCAUCAUUAAAAGCACAGAAUUCAUGGAAAACUCAUUUGUGCUUUUACACUAAUCACAUGUGGUCCUGAAACUGCAGAGAAGUUUUAACAAAUCUGAAUCGUAGAGCUAAUGUGUUGUUCGACUGAUAGGAUGAUGAUGUCAUACCAUCUAUUAAUAAUUAAAAUGUAUAACCUGAAAACCUCAACAGGAAAAAGGAGCUAGCUGUCAGUUUCUUUAACUGAUUUAAUCUCUUAGAUUCAGACUUGUUAAAUGAGUCGUUAAGUAAGCAGAUGAGGAGCUUUUAUUGGCACUCGCACACUCUCUGUCUAAAUAUGUUACAGUGGCAUUCAAAGUUUACUGAGUUAAAUUUUUUCCCCCACAGGGACUGUUCCCAGUGUUAUUUUUGGUGUUUGUUUUUACAUUAAUUUAAACUUACAUUUUAAUAAAAUAUAAUUAUCCUA